AUGAAUCUGGGAAUGCGGACAGUCAGCAGCGCGGAUGGCGUUCGAUUGUGGAGCCCAGUCCAUAUUGUUCGGCGGCACCUAUGCACAGCCUCGCAAGGUCCGGCUGCCUCCACUCCGUCGUUGACCGUACGCGUGCCUUCGGUCUCGCGGGGAAGGCCACAUGCACGCACACUUGUCAUCUUAGGCGAUCUUCGACCCGCCGAGGCCGCCUUGAGAUGUUUCCAGCCGGGGGUAACCACACGAUUUACGCAUGGUAGGAGCGGGACCUGUGAGACGGGAUGCCAUAAGCUGAACGUACUGAUCGAAUAUCGGAAUUACGCCGCACAAUGCGACUGCGCGGGCCAGCGUCAAGUACAGGAGCAGCCCAUAAGCGAGCGGUUCCUUUCCGAGCAAAGAAACUCGCGGAAACUCGGCAUGAAGGCUUCGAUCGAGCUCGCAUGUCGGAGAUCAGGCACGCGGAGAGCCGACAUCCUCGUUAACAAGCUGUGGGCGCCGAUGGGUGAGACUUGGCGGUGGACAACCACGUCGAAAGGCUCAUCCAGCGGCGAUGUGCAGAAUGGGCCCUUCAGCGGAGAGCAGGCUGUGCAGAUACUCCGAAAGUUCGCGGAGAACGCGCUCCUGGUAGGGCUGGGAAAUGGAAGCGAGGAAAGAUGGACGAGCGGCGAUGGCCACGAAGGAGAAUGCGAGCCGGGCUGGGGUCGAGAUGUAGGAGACGAGGCGCAGAUCGAGGCGCGAUUGAGUACGGGGAAUGCGUGGCUACCAAGCGACGAUAUACGGCAAGAGGAGCCAGGAACGAGCCGGGGGAUCAGACACAUCGAGGAGACUGAAUGGCGAAUGUGGGAAGAGGGGGCUAGGUACGAGAUGGGUGCUGCGGAGAAACGGCAGGAUCGGCUGAGAAACGGCAUGGUCCAGCGUCAUCUCCGGAUCAGAGCCAAUCGUGGCUGUAUCCAGUUCGACGGAGAACGGGACACGCGAGGACCGCACGACUUCAGUGGACAGAAGCACGAGGAAGCAGCCGAUGACGACGACGACGCCGAAGAAGACGACGGCAAGGGCCCGUCAAAAGAGCGCCGGGACUCGAGCAGCAGCAGCAAGCUACAACCCAAAGUGAAGAUCGAGAGCAGUAAUGGUUCCAUCCCCAUUCGUCCUGUCGCACAGUCUAGCAACGACGUGUCCAUGACCAUCGACCUCAAUCACCGCAACUCGCGCAGCACACCCACGGGCAGCAUCUCAUCGACGAUCCCCACCUCCGGGGAGCGGCACAGCGUCAUCCCGGCGCCCGUCGUGCGUGGCAUAUCCAUAGCAGCAAAACGGCCACGGAUUGAGGAGACGCACGCCCCCAGCCUGCCACAACUCCCGCAGGGAGUGAGUAUCUCCUCGCUCGGCUCCAACCCGCCCUCCUACCCCUACCGCCUCGAGGUCGACAUGAGCCAGUACCCCAUGCAGAGCCACAUCACCCCGCUCUCCGUCCCGCCGUCACACAGCGCCUCGCACCCGUCGCUGGCGCCGUUUUACAAUGCCAACGUGGGCGGGAUGCCGGGCCUGCCGGGCUCGCAGAGUGCGCCCAUGGGCUUCCUCCCGCAGCUCCCGCAGGCGCCGUUCGACAUGGGCCACGCGCAGCCGCCGCCGACACUGCGCACCGUGACGUUCCCGUCGCAGACGCCGUCGCCGUAUACGCCACAGCAACAGCCCGCGCAACUGCACAGCGCAUCAAGUCUCUUCCCGAUGCAUAGUCGGCCUGCGUCGAAUAGCAUUAGCAGCGUCCGCUCGAUGGCGAGCUAUGUUCUCCCGCGCUCUCACCCGUCGAGUGGAGCAGUAUCUCCAGAUCGCGGCCUCAAGCGCGCGCGAGAGGACGAUAUCGCCGCCAUGAGCGAAUUCAGCGGAGACGGAGACAGCCAUACAGGCCCGACCGAAGCUGCAAUACGGCGGAGUCUCUCGGUCGACAAGCCCCCAAGAUGCACGCAGUGUGACAUAGGCACGUGCUCCAACUGGACUUCUCCCAUCACGAUGAAGUUGAGUGGUCAGCGUGACAUUGGGGUUUCAUUGUCCGCGAUCCUGUCGUUCGUCAUUCUCGCAAGAGCAUAUCAGAACAAGGUCAGUGAGGUUGUGAAUGCACCAAGAGUAGAAUCUCCGGAAGCAUCGGUUGACCAUUACUGUUCAGCAGUAUUGAAAAUGGGUGCCAACGAAUUGAAGGCCGAUGCGCUCCUUCAGUCCAAGCCGGACUUUUCCCCCAGCACAGACGUGUGGUAUAGCGAUGGCAGCGUGGUGCUCGUUGCUGAAAAAACGGCGUUUCGUGUUCAUGGCACCAUAUUGGCGGCACAUUGUGAGAUUUUCAAGGAUAUGUUUGCCAUUCCCCAGCCCUUUGUGGCAGAUCCGGACGCGGAGACGUACGAGUCUUGCCAGGUUUUGCGCCUGCAAGACUCGCCUGUCGACCUCAAACAUUUCUUGAAAUCUAUCUACGACUUUUCUUAUUUCCGCCCCGGAGCGAAGACAAAGUUUCCAAUAGUUGCGGCAGUGCUCAGGUUGAGCACCAAGUAUCAGGCUCCUGCUUUGCGACAGCGCGCCAUCGACCUGCUUGCCACGGCGUAUCCUUCAACGGCUACUGCGUGGCAGCGCAGGUCUUCCGAUCGGCUCGUCCCUCCAUUCGACGAUGAACACCUAGCAUGUAUCGAGCUCGCCGUCGAGACCGAUGUGCGCGUCAUUCUCCCCGCGAUCUACUAUGCUGCCACGCGCGAACAGUUGUCCGGCGUGCUCGCAAAGUUGUCGAGGCUUGCAGUCGCUCCGUCCAUCCAGUGGGACGUCUGCACCGACUUUCUGGUCGGCCGCGAGCGGCUUCUCCAGGCAGAACUGACUCACAUACUCGCAUUCCUCGAUGCUAGUUUUUCACGCCCCAAUUGUCAGACCGGCAAUGACAAUAACGUGUUGGCGACCAUAGCGCGCAAUGCUUUCCACAAAGUCGUCGGAUCUGAACCAUAUCACCAGUGGUGCAGCGCAAAGCCUGGCGAGGUCGGCCCUGCUCUGCCGGUCUGCGCGACUUGUUGCAAAACCAUCCAGCAGUCCAUCGAGGCCGGCCGGGAGAAAGUGUGGGAACAGCUGCCUGGGCAAGAGACGGACUGGAUGAUCCUAAAUCCGCGUGAAUGUCUUCAUAAUGAGAAGGAUGCUUCGGCACAAGCGAAGCACCUGUUCGAGGACAUAUGCUGUAUCGUGGACUCCGAUUCUAAAAACGUCGAUACGAACAACACAACCCCACAGACACAUCUGGAUUUUACACGCAGCAGAGAUGUCUGGUUUAGCGAUGGCAGUGUGGUACUCGUGGCGGACAAGACAGCAUUCCGUGUACACGCCACCAUAUUGGCAAUGCACAGCGAGGUCUUCGGCGACAUGUUUGCCAUGCCUCAGCCUUCUGAGGCCGACCUUGAUGCAGAGACAUACGAUACUUGCCCGGUUCUUCGCCUGCAAGACUCGCCUGUUGAUCUGAAGCAUUUUCUCAAGUCUAUCUACGACUUCUCAUACUUCCCUUUUGGGGUGAAAACCCAGUUUCCUCUCGUCGCAGCAGUGCUCAGACUGAGCACCAAAUAUCACGCACCUGUUUUCCGGAAGCGUGCCAUUGAUAUGCUUGCCACGGCAUAUCCUUCGUCGGCUGUUGCGUGGCAGCGCAGGUCAUCCGAUCGCCUUGUACCCCCUUUCCCGGACGAACUCCUGACGUAUAUCGAGCUCGCUAUCGAGAUGGAUGUUCCCGUUAUCCUCCCAGCUCUGUAUUACGCUGCAGCUCGCAAGGCACUGCCAGAAGCGCACGCCGAACUAUCGAAGCACGCCGUAGCCCCGUCCGUGCAGCGUGAUGUCUACACCAACUUCUAUCUCGGUCGCGAGCGACUACUCCAGGCUGAACUAACGCAUGUGCUCGCCUUCUUCGACACGGGCUUUUCCUUCCCAAAUUGCCAAAAUCGGCACGACUCGGAAGUACUGGACAGAGCUGCUCGCAGUAGCUUGCGCAAACUCGCCGGCCCUGAUCCAUAUCACCUGUGGUGUAGUGCACACCCUUCAAAGGCUGCCUCUGCGAUGGGAGUCUGCGUGAACUGUACAAAUACUAUCCGGAGUUCCAUCCAGGCAGGCUGUCAAACGGUUUGGGAACAGUUACCAGGGUUCUUCGGUCUCCCCGAUUGGGAGACUUUGCUAGGCAUGGACGACGGAACGGACAUCGUUGUGCCGAAACUAGAAGAAGAAUAG